GGAUGUAACUACUAUAUUGACUAUCUGAAUUGAGAAAUAUAAUUAGGUGGUCGAAAGUCGUAGCCAACCCAACUUGUUAUCGGCCUAUCCGCCACCGCUAUUUCUAUAUAUACCAUAUCAAGUUCUUGUUUUCAUCAACAAAAAUAUUUCUUUCCACAUUAGGAGUAAGGAAAAGGUACAAGUCAAGAAAAUGGAUAUGGACUUAUCUCCCAAGUUUCCGGCGACGUUCGUGGAGACAGAAGAUGGCGGAUACUAUAAUUGGGCAGCUGCCGAUUCUCCGGUGCUCCGCGAGGCCAAAGUUGCAGCUGGUAAGCUUGUGUUGAAGCCUCGAGGCUUUGCUCUUCCACACUAUGCGGAUUGCUCCAAAGUAGGUUAUGUUCUUGAAGGUAAAUGUGGAGUUGGAUUGACAACACCAGCUUCCAACACAAAAGAAAAAAUGGCAUUCAUAGGUAUUAAAAAAGGGGACAUAAUACCAAUCCCUUGUGCAUCAGUUUCAUGGUGGUACAAUUAUGGUGAUUCAGACGUGGUCAUUGUGUUCUUGGCCGAUGCAACCAAUGCCUAUGUUGCCGGCGAAAUCACCUAUUUCUUGUUAACAGGACCUCUGGGUCAUUUGCAUGCUUUCUCACUUGAAUCCAUUGCCAAAACUUACCAAAUCACUCUACAAAAUGCUCAAAAACUUACCAGUAACCAAAAGGGCCUUCUGCUCAUCAAGCUUAACCAAGAACAAGCCAAAACCAUCCCAAAACCUAACGAGGAGUUACUAAAUAUUUAUACCCAAAACAUCAAUGGUUCAUUACCUGAUGUUGAAGUUAACAAUGGUGGCAAUUUUACUACUUUAAAACCCAGUAAAUUUCCCUUUCUUGAACAAGUGGGGCUUAAUGUUAGUCGCUUGGUACUUGAAACUAAUGCCACUAGGGCACCAUGGUAUGCAUCGGAUCCACAAGUGGUGUAUGUUGUGAAAGGAAGUGGUGAAGUACAAAUUGUGGGUCUUCAAGGCAAGCUUGUGUUGAACACUAAAGUUGAGACCGGCCAAUUGUUUGUGGUGCCAAAAUUGUUCAUGGUUGCCAUUUCUGCUGAGGAAAAUGGCUUGGAGCUGAUCUCAAUCGUAACAUCUACUAGGGCUAUGAUGGGAGAAAUGGGGAGUAAAAAUUCGGUUUUGAAUACAAUUCCUUCAAUUCUGCAAGUGAGCCUUAAUGUGAGCUCAGAGCUAAAUCAACAAUUCAUUGAGAUGAUGGAAACUGGCACCAUUGUUGUUCCCCCAGUGAACUUGUACUAGGUCCUAUGAUUGUAUCAUUUUAGGGUUUCAAUAAAAAUGGACUGUAUGUUCCAUUACAAUCGUUUAUGAGUUCGAUUUUAAGUUUUAGAUUUGAUGAGAGGGAUUAGAAAGUUUUAUUGUGUUAUGUAAAAUGUAUUAAAAAUAUAUAUUUGAAUCUUGAUAAAUAUUUUUAAAAA